AGCCAGAGAUACAAAAUGGGAGGCAAGCUCAGCAAAAAGAAGAAGGGGUACAACGUAAAUGAUGACAAGGCCAAAGACAAAGAUGCCAAAGCAGAGGGGGCCUCUGCUGAGGAGAGUGAAGCUCCGAAAGACAACAAAGAUGAGGGCCAGGCUGCCACCGACGCUAAGGAAGUAGCAAACGACACAGCGGCCAAGGAGGCGCCGGCGGCAGACACCGCAGCGGUCAAAGACGAGGAAAAGAACGCAGCUCCCGCCGCAAAGGAGCCCGAGAAACCUGCCGCCAACGCUGAGCCGAAAACAGAGGCGCCGAAGAGCGCGGAGCCCGCCAAGGCCGAGGAGAAACCAGCCGCCCCCGACCCGGCCAAAGAAUCGGCCCCUGCCCCCAAGGAGCCUGAGGCCAAGGCCGCUGCUCCCGCCCCGGCGUCCGAGAGCAAAGAUGAGGCCGACACCAAAAAGACUGAGGCCCCAGCGGCACCAGCAGCCAAAGCCGAGACGGCUCCCGCGGCCUCCCCUGACCCCAAGCCCACAGAGGCGGCGGCGCCGGCUCCCGCACCGGCAAAGGAAACCGCCGCUGCACCUAGUUCAACACCAGCCGCCGAACCUCCGGCCAAGGAGGCGAACGCCACAGAGGCACCAAGCAAGGAUCAAACCGUAGCAGUUCAAGAUUAAUGGACAGCUUCUUUUCGGAAAUGAAAAAAUAAAGUUCCUAACUCAACGACGAUGAAG